UGCAGAACCUCUCCAGGUAGCCAGGUAGCUCAGGUGAAUUCCCCUUUUCAUAAGGACUGCUGCAAAAGCCUACUCCUCCACUUCAGGGCAAUGGCUCCUCGUCCAGAAGUCAGAGAUACCUUGUCUCCCACUUUUGAUACGGCACCCAAAGACUCAGUCGUCCUGCCAGCAUAUUCUACAGAGGACAAGUAUGAGGAUGACCCCUGGAAUCUCCCUGAACUGCAGGACAAUGGACUCAAGUGGUCAGAGUUGGAUACCAAAGGGAAGGUUUUGCGGGUUCUGACUGCCAUUGUCAAGUUCAUUCUGCUGGUUGGAUUUCUCUACAUGUUCGUUUGCUCUCUAGACGUCCUGAGCUCUGCUUUCCAGCUAGUUGGAGGUAAGGCAGCUGGGGACAUCUUCCAGGACAAUGCGGUGCUGUCCAACCCUGUGGCUGGCCUGGUGAUUGGAGUGCUGGUCACAUUAUUAGUCCAGAGUUCUAGCACGUCCUCCUCUAUUGUGGUCAGCAUGGUGUCUUCUGGAUUGCUGGAGGUCCAGUCUGCAGUGCCAGUCAUUAUGGGAGCCAACAUUGGAACCUCAGUCACCAACACCAUUGUGGCCAUGAUGCAGGCUGGGGACAGAAAUGAGUUCCGCAGGGCGUUUGCUGGUGCCACGGUGCAUGACUUCUUCAACUGGCUGUCUGUGCUAAUCCUGCUGCCUCUGGAGGCAGCUACUGGUGUCCUGUACAAACUCACCAAGAUCAUCAUCGACUCCUUCAACAUCCAGGGGGGAAACAACGCCCCUGACCUGCUCAACGUCAUCACAGACCCUCUCACCGACGCCAUCAUAGAGCUGGACAAAAAUGUAAUCAGUGACAUUGCCACCGGUGACCCAGCAGCCAGAAACAAGAGUUUGAUCAAAAUCUGGUGCAAAACAGAGAAAAUCACGACUCUUGUGAAUAUAACAGUUCCCUCAGCUGCCAAUUGCACGACCGGUGCCCCCUGUUGGGUGGAAGGCAACAAGACAUUGACCCAGAUAAAUGUCACUGAAACAAUCAAUCUAGAGAGAUGCCACCAUAUCUUUGUUUAUGCUAACCUGCCUGACCUGGCUGUGGGCCUCAUUCUGCUGGCCCUAUCCCUGCUUAUCCUCUGUACCUGCCUCAUCCUCAUUGUCAAGCUGCUCAACUCCAUGCUUAAGGGACAGGUGGCUGUGGUCAUCAAGAAAGUGAUCAACACAGACUUCCCUUUCCCCUUUGGCUGGGUCACUGGUUACAUUGCCAUCAUGGUCGGAGCAGGAAUGACCUUCAUUGUCCAGAGCAGCUCUGUCUUCACCUCUGCAAUCACUCCCCUUGUUGGUAUUGGUGUCAUUAGCCUUGAGAGAGCUUAUCCUCUGACAUUGGGCUCAAAUAUCGGCACAACUACCACUGCUAUUCUUGCUGCUAUGGCUGCUCCCGGAGAAACACUGGCCAACUCACUGCAGGUUGCACUGUGCCAUUUCUUCUUCAACGUAGCGGGGAUUCUGCUGUGGUACCCCAUCCCCUUCACUCGGAUCCCCAUCCGCUUGGCCAGAGCCCUGGGGAACCGCACAGCCAAGUACCGUUGGUUCGCAGCGCUCUACCUCUUACUCUGUUUCCUCCUCAUGCCCCUGACCAUCCUGGGGCUCUCCCUGGCCGGCUGGCAAGUCCUGGUUGGGGUGUCCGUACCCAUCGUUGUCCUCGCCAUCUUCAUCAUCGUUGUUAACCUGAUGCAGGCACGUUGUCCCCAGUACCUGCCCAGCGGGCUGCGUGACUGGGACUUCCUGCCCCGCCCCCUGCACUCCAUGGCCCCCUGGGACCGUGUGGUGACAUCAGGCAUGGCCUUCUGCGGCGCUCACUGCUGCUGCUGCUGCUGCUGCAAGUGCUGCCAGAGUACUGACGAUGAAGAGAAGGGUUUGCAGGAGAGGAAGAAGAGUCUGGAGAUAUAUGAUAACCCAGUCCUAACCAGAGACGAUGAGCAGCAAGAGACCUCCAAGGAAACUAUGAAAGCCACACAGCUCUAACACAGUUAACAUAUCUAUCUGUAAGACAUAUAUAACCUAUUUGUAACAUGUUUGUAAUUCUCCAAGUUUGCUUUGGCUUUAUGGAGUUAACCAGUCUCUGUUUCGGUGAUACUGUAUCAUGUGGUGUAAGCCUGCACAUCUUGUAGGAAAACAUCACCAAAACGUGAGUGUCCACUAUAUAUACACCGAGUAUACUAAACAAUAGGAACACCUCCCUAAUAUUGAAUUGUACCCCCUACCCCCCUGCUCUUUAUGACAUAGACUGACCAGGUGAAUCCAGGUGUAAGUUAUGAUAUCACUUGUUAAGUCCACUACAAUCAGUGUAGAUGAAGGGGAGGUCGACAGGUUAAAGAAGGAUUUGAAGCCUUGAGACAAUUGAGACAUGGGUGAAUGGGAAAGACAAAAUAUUCAAAUGCCUUUUGAACGGGGUAUGCUAGUAGGUGCCAGGCACAAUGGUUUGUGUCAAGAACUGCAACACUACUAUGUUAGUCACACUCAACAGUUUGCCGUGGGUAGCAAGAAUGGUCCACCACCCAAAGGACACCCAGCAAACUUGGCACAACUGUGGGAAGCAUUGGAGUCAACAUGGGCCAGCAUCCCUAUGGAACGCUUUUGACACCUUGUAGAAUCCAUGCCCCGACAAACUGAGGUUGCUCUGAGGGCAAAGGGGGUGGGGGGGGUGCAACUCAAUACCUGGUCAUUACGUUUAGCAGCUGCUCUUAUCCAGAGCGACUUACAAGAGCAAUUACUGUUAGGUACCUUUAAACAUCAACAGAUGUUUCUAUAGUUGGCUCGGGGAUUCAAACCAGAGAACUUUCGGUGUCUGGCCCAACGCUCAUAAGCACUAGGUGCCCUGUGAUUGAUAACGCAUAAAUGGAAGCUAAAGGGUACAGUAGAUUGGUCUCCCCUGGAGGGUUGUGUUCUUUUGCUGUAGCUAGUUUAUGGGAGGUUGUAUAAAUGUAUACAGUACCAAUCAAACAUUUGGACACACCUAGUCAAUCAAAGGUUUUUCUUUAUUUUUACUAUUUUCCACAUUGUAGAAUCAUAAUGAAAACAUCAAAACUAUUAAAUAACACAUAUGGAAUC